GGGGGAGCCGGGGCGGGGCUUCCGAAGGGAUGAGCGAUGAGGCGUGCGCCGGUGCAGCUGCGUGACCACACCGCGAUCAGUUGUCACCGUGACACCGAGCGGGACAGACGUGCGCUUGAGUGCUCGCGUGUUUGUCUCUAGUGUUUGUGAUUAUGUUGCACGAAGCAUGGCUCGCCUGCCACCGCGCAGAACACUUCGAAUUGGACGAAUUCAUAGCUGAAGUCAAUAAUAACUACGUCAAAGAGGGCGAGGAGUGCGGCGCGGGCGCGGCGAGCGGGGUGAGCCCGCCCCCCCUGCAGUUCGGCUACGCCCCCGGCGCGCUGUCGCCGCAGCGCUACGAGGAGCUGCGGCCCGCGCCAGUCCCGCGCGAGAUGCAGACUUACGCGCACCUGGAGGAGGCGCUGCUGGGGGCGGAGGGCUACCGCCGCAGCCCUGAGCCUUCGCCGCCGCAGCGCCGCGACGAGUACCGCGUGCACUACGAGACCUAUUCGCCCACGCCGCCGCCGCCUUACCAGCACGAGCACCACCAUGUCGACAGCGGCGGCGGCGAGGGCGGCCAGCAAUACGCGCGCUGCUACGCGGCCGGCUCGCCUUACUUCGGCAACGGCGCUGACCUCACGCACGCACAGAUGUGGACAACCAACACGGGAGGGUCGCCCAGCUACUGCGGCAGCGGGUCCGGCGCGGUGCUGAGCGAGUACCCGGAGAGCGAGGGCGAGGCGGGCGGCGCGGGGGGCGCGGGGGGCUCGGCAGGCGCGGGUGGCGGCGCGCUGCCGGCCUUCAGCGCGCGCUUCGGCGGGCCCUUCGCCGCCUCGGCGCGGCCCUCGCCCGCGCCCUCCGCCGCCUCCACCUACGCGCAGCCGGAGCUAUGGCGCGUGGACUGCAGCUAUCGCCCCCAGCUGUCCGCCGCCGCCAGCCUCUCUGCCAUCGACGUGGCGGAGUUUUUCACGGAGGGGCGCGAGUGCGUGAACUGCGGCGCCAUCCACACGCCGCUGUGGCGGCGCGACGGCACCGGCCACUACCUGUGCAACGCGUGCGGCCUCUACAACAAGAUGAACGGCAUGAACCGGCCGCUCAAGCAGCCGCGGCGGCUGGUACGUCAGCGGCACGCGGCGCCCCCGGCCGCCCCCGACGUACGCAGCUCUCCGCUCGAC